AUGAACUAUAACGACGACUCUACACCGGCAGUCUGCGACUCCUGCCUUGGUUCCAAUCCGUAUGUUGAGAUGAAACGUCUACGGAACGGUGCAGAAUGCAAACUUUGCACACUGCCAUUCACCGUCUUCAAAUGGAAUUCAGAUAAGUCGAAUCUGAAAGGUACAGCAAAUCUAAAGAAAACAGUCAUUUGCUUGACCUGUGCAAGGGCAAAGAACUGCUGCCAAUCCUGUAUGCUGGAUUUAACAUUUGGGGUGGACUUGCAAACAAGAGACAAACUGUUGAAAUUAGCCAGAUUGGAUGAUACAUCUACAACUACCACCAGUAACAUCAACAAUGAGAGUGAUAUUGUCACAAAUGCCAAAAAUAUCACUAGUAGACUCUACAAUUCUAGACAACUCAAUAAUAAAUUCCAAAAUGAGGAAAUCAAACACUUGAUUGAUAAUGGUAAACUAAAAGAAGAUUUACAAUCCAACUUGGAGAAAAUCAUCAACGUUGAUGAUGAAAAGAAGAAAAUCCUAACUUUGUUGAAAGGUUUACCAUUAAAUGGCAAUUUAAAAUAUACCCCCAGUGAUAAAUCUAUUAAAACAUUGUUUAUAUUUGGGAUACCCAAAUCGUUGUCAGUUCCAGAGAUAAAAGAUUAUUUCAGCAAAUUUGGUGAUGUUAUAAUACAUUCCAGAAAUUCUUUUGCGUUUGUUGAAUUCACAAGCAGGGCAAAUGCGGAAAAAGCAGCAACUUCAGUCUAUAAGCAGCAUUUGAACGUCAAUAAUAAAAAUUCUUAUAACUCACCCUGUCUGUUGAUUAUUAAUAGAAAUCCCAUCCGUGUGGCUUGGUCAACUUCUUAUCCCCUACGUAAUUAUUUGGAAACUGAAUUAAUACAGAUCGGAAAAAUUAUAAACAAACAAAUGAUCAAGUUGUCUAAAAUGGACAAAAGAAAUGGUUCUAUUACAAAAUCAAAAAUAGCAAAGAAAUAA